GCCGAGCAUGCGCAGAGUGUCGCCCCUAACAACAUAACGAACCAUAAGCGUGUUUACGGAGUUAAAGUUAAACAGUGAAGGUUUGAAAGGAAAGGAAAGGCUUCGUGCAAAGAGUAGAGGGAUGAAGUUCCCUGUGGAUCUCCUGGCUGAUGUUAGCCAGACAGAGCUGGAACACUUAGCCCACAACUGCAUGAACAACCUCCUUUACAGCAACCCAGAGUCUCCUGAACGCCUAACCCUCUCUGACUCUACCCAGGUCACCAUAGACAUUUCCAGUGUGGGCUUUGUUCCUCUGUAUGGAUCCAGUGAUAAACAGAAGAUCCUGGCCCUCUUUUCCCCCAGUGACCCAUUCACUGCUGUGGCUCUGUACCUACUGGACCAGUGGUGGGCAGUCGACGAUAUUCUCAAGACCGCAGACCCUGCUCGACACGGAGCUGUGGAGGUGGAGACAGUAGGAGAGAGAAUAGUUUUAUACAUCCUUAAUCGUGUCAUCUAUAGAGCCAAGGAGAUGAGCUCUGAUGAGCUUCCCUUCCUUUGCCAUGGAGAAAAAGAUCAUGCAAAAAUCCUCUGGAAUAAUGGAGAGGCAGUUGGCUUCUACUCAGUCAAACCCUCAGGCAGCUUAUGUAAUUCUUUUUCAACCAGAAGCUAUCAGCUCCCUGUGAUGGACUCCAUAUUUGUCCGAAAAUGUCAGCGUGGUAAAGGCUUCGGCCUCCAGAUGCUCGAGGACUUUGUGCUUAGUUUCAAAGAGGACUGUCUGGGGUUGAGGUACCCCCUUUCACCAUCCAUGUAUAAAGUGUGUGAGAAGUACCUGUGUCAGUAUCCAGGAGACACAGGCCUGCUGUGGGAGGUGGAGGGCAUAGGUGGGCCCAACCAGAGGACAAAUAUUGCCAGUAGGAUUCAGGCCAUGGAGCAGAGUGCAGUAUCCAAGAACCUGUCAUUCACAGAAGAAUCACUUGUGAUUACCCAAAUGACCGAAAAGGGUGUGGCGAUGGAGGCAGUUACCACUCAGAUAAAAGAUGCGGAGUCAGUGGAAUGCACUGUUGAAAUUGUGGAGGAAGUGACAGUACUGAGCGCUACCAUAGAGGCCGAAGUGCCCCUCACAGCCAGGGGGAGGAGCAGUGGCUCAAAACGAAGGAAAACAGGAGAAAAGAUUGCAGAGGACAAGCCAGAAAAAGUACUCAGAAUUGAGGAUAUUGAAGCAGAAACUCCCAGAGGGGAGCAAGUUUCUGCGCAACAGGAGACAGAACUGCAUAAUGUCUCUGAAUUGGUACAGACUGAGGGUAUGAUCAGUGUGGCUCCUGAAGGACAAGGAGAGGAUGCAGUUGAUACUGUACCUGAAGAAACAGUUCGCGUGUUGGACCAACCAGCCACUGUCUUAGCCCCACAAGACCUAGAGGAAGCUGAUGUUACAUUAGCACCUAUGACUGAAGAGCCACAAGUAGAAAAUGAUACCCCACAGGAUCUGACCAACACAUCCCGUGGCUCACAGAUAACAGUUGAGAAUGUGGCAUCAGAAAUUGAGGAAGCAGAGAAAGAGUAUCGGAAAGAAGACACUGCAGUGCUAGUCGUUUCUGAAGAGGUUUUGGAGGUACACAAGGGAGCAGAAACUCUGGACAAAGUAGGAGAGAAAACUCAAAUUGGGGACACUGGUGAAAAGUUAGAAAAAAAAGUUACACAACAUGAGGUGAGUCUGUUAACAUAUGCAAUAUCAGAGGAUGGUGAAGCUGGAAGAACUGGAAAAACAAGGAGAACUGUUGUAAAGGCCAUAAAAACUGUACAGAGUGAAACCCCCAGACGGAGAUCUAAGCGGCAGCACAAGCUACGGGAGGGGUUAAAGGAGGAAUCUACAGUCCAGGGUGGAGACUUAAUUUUGAGAGGAAGAACUGUUACAAAGACCCCCACACCUAAACGCAAAAAUUCCUGCUGCAGCCAGAAAGUAAGUGAAGAACUAGAGAAAGAGGCCAAUGAAGUGGCAGACGAGAAUGAAGUUUCCACAACUGAUGUAGUGGAAGAGUCAGCUGUAAUUGAGAGAGAGCAAGAAGAAAUGACCUCUGUAAAAAGGGAUGUAGUUGAUGUGGAAGAAUUAACAGAAGAAAAGCAACAGCUCAAAGAUGAACAACUAGCAAAUGAAGGGCAGGCAAAGAAACAACAUCAGCCUGGGGUGGAAGACACUGUAGUGAAGGGAUGUUCCACAGAGCUUCCCAAUAUAGCAGAAACUGCGUUGACAAAGGAAAAUGAGGAUGAAAAAGUUACAGAUGAAUCUCAGAAAAUACAAAAAGGCGAGAAGGUAGAAACAUCAGUGAUAGGGGAUAAACAAGAUGUCUCUGAUGAUGAGAUACAGGAGCCCCCUGUUGCACAGAAGAGAGCCUUGACAGGCAGACUUAAAGUCACUCCCAAACCUCAGCCCACAAGACAAAGCAAAAGACAUCAGAAACAAAAGGCAGAGCACACAGAUGAAGCUGACCUGGAAACAGGAGGUUCUGCUGGUGAAGAGAAAGCAGAUGAACAACCGACAGACAAACAGAUGGAUGAACACCACAAGGAUGAACAAGAGGAGACUGCUGACAAAACAGAAGAAGAUAUAUCAAUAGAGGAAACAACUGUUUUGAAAAAAAGUCAAAUUCCACAGACACAGAAGACAGCAGAGGAUGUUAUACCUUCAACUGAGGUAAAUGUGGAAGGAACCAAGGAAGUACAAGAAAUGGAAGAGACUGAGGGAGAAGCAGAAAAGGAGAAAGAGUCAGUCAGUGUCUUCAGGAAGGGAGGGUGUUCUGCUGCUGCCACAGCUAGACUUAAAAUAGCCCACACACAGUGUCAGACAGAGGAAGAAGGAGAAGAAAAAACUGAAGAGACUGAAAGAGAGGAAGAAGAGACAGGGCAGGAAUUGUCUGAGGAGAAAGGGGAGGGGGUAGGGGAAGAAGAAAAGAGUGUGGAAAUGGAGAAAGACAAAGAUGUGGAAGAUGAAGUUGAGAGGGUGGCCGGGGAAGAAUCUGCCAUAGGUGACACAGAGCAGAUGAAAGAUGUCUCAGCAGAGGAAGCAGCAGUGCUUGAAGAGGAGGACAACAGUGUAAAAGCUGUUGAUGAGAUCAGUACUCACACAGUCCAGAUUUCACCAGCUGAGGUAGAAGAGAGGAACUCAGCUAAGGAAAGGCAAACCACAGUUCUAGAAAUACCUACUGCUGCUACUGAAGUGGGAUCAGACACUGCCAUCACUGAAGAAGAGGAACUAGUAGGAGAUGCAUCUGUGGUGCCAGAAGAAGAAGCCCCAGCCAUAACAAGAGCUCAUAGGAGCAAAAUAAAAACUUCACCUGCCACACCAUCACAAUCCAAAAGACAGAAAGACCAAGGAGUUGUGGAGACUCAGCAACAGGAAGAGGAAAAUCCUGAAGAACAACAUCAUGAGUUAACUAAUGAUUCACCUCCAAGAUCUGUACGACAAAGGCCAAGAAUGGACUCAAGUGUAAAAGGGGAAGUGGAUGAGCAAGGUGAGACUGAGGCAGCCACUGACAAGGAGGAAUCAGAUGAUGACAAAGACAACAAGAAAGCAAAAUUUUCUGCAGAUGAACCGAAAGAGAAGCUAGACAAUUUAGAUAUAGAUAAUGAGGUAGAGACAACUGGUAUAAGUCAAAAGGAUGAGGACAAUGAGCAGAAUAUGUCAGAGGAAGAGGUGGAGCCUAUAGUGAUUGGAAAGAGAGUUUUAAGAGGGAGGUCACUGCCUUCAGUAACAGUCACACCCCAGCCAAAAUCCAGAAGGCACAGGGCAAGAGCUCAAAAAGCAGAGGAGUCUUUGUCUGAUGAAGAAAUGAGCACUCAGUUAGCUCAGGCAGAAGAAAAUACACAGCCAGAAGUUGAGAUGGAAAAGCUAGAAGCUGUGGCACAGGAAUCGGUCACAGAGCAAGAGACAGUGAAAGAGGAACAGUCUGCUGUAUCAGAGACAUGUGCAGAGGGACAGGAAGUGGCUUCUGUUGGAGAAAGUUCUGAAAAGACACCUAAUGCAGACAAGGGAAUGGUUACUGAUAAGGCAGAAGCACCACCUGUUGAAACAGUAGUUUGUAGAAGUGGUGAAAAGACAGUGAGAACCACAAGAAGCAAAACCACAAAAAGACAAGAUGAUGAGCAAAAACAGUCGGCUGUUGAGAAAAGCACAGAAGAAGGUGAGCUGGCAGUAGAAACAAGAUUUUUUAGGAGGGGAAGGAGGUCUGCUGCUGCCACAGCUAAACAUAAAUCCAAAAGAGCCCGCACACAGUGUCAGACAGAGGAAGAAGGAGAAGAAGAAAGUCAUCCUGCUGAAGAGACUGGAAGAGAGGAAGGAGAGACAUGGCAGAAAUUGCCUGAGGAGAAACGGGAGGAGGUAGAGGAAGAGAGUGUGGAAAUGGAGAAAGACAAAGAUGUGGAAGAUGAAGUUGAGAGUACAGCUGGGGGAGAAUUUGCCAUAGGAGAUGCAGAGCAGAUGAAAGAUGCCUCAACAGAGGAAGCAGCAGUGCUUGAAGAGGAGGACAACAGUGACAGAGAUGUUGAUGAGAUCAGUACUGACACAGUACAGAUUUCACCAGCUGAGGUAGGAGAGACUAACUCAGCUGAGGAAGAGGAAACCACGGUUCUUGAAAAACCCACUGUUGCUCCUGAUGUGGGAUCAGACACUGCCAUUGUCACUGGUGUGGCGGGUGAUGUGAUACAAGAGCCUGAUACUGUGGCUGCUACUUUAGAAGCAGUCAUACCUGAUACAGUUCUAGGUGAGGCUGAUGCAUCAGCAGCUGGAGAGCCUCAGGAAAAGGACAUUGGCUCUGAAAUCCCCAAGCUCCAGAAAGCCACUAUUAUCUUAGUAGACAUAAAAACAACCUGUCAUCAUCUUAGUGUAAAGGAGGCAGAAGAAACACCAGUUGCCAGAGUGCAUGCUGCUUCAGAAAAGCAACAGGAAGAGGAGAAUGGAGAUAAACAGGAUAACAUUAAAGAAAAAUCUGUAGAGGCAACUGUAGAGACAGCGACUUCCAAGAAGGAAGAGCUUGAAGAAGACAAUUCUGAAAAAGAAAAGGAUGAAUCUGCUGAUGUGGAUGAGGAAAUGAGGGAAGCAGAGGAAGCACUGGUUACUGAAAAAAAAACAGUUGAAUCAAGCUGUGAAUCAACAAGUAGAAGUGACCAGCAAAAGGAGGAAGACAACACAGGUGAGGGUAUAACUAAAAAUGAGAUGGAUGAAGUAGAAACAGGCACUGAUGAGGUGGAAGAAGAGAUGGAAUCUGUGGAUAAGGAUGCAGUUAUAGUAAUAGUUCCAGUGGAGAAGAAGCAGUCUGCAGUUUCUGAGAUAUGUAGAGAAGCAGACAUUCCAGCAGGAGAUGAUGCUGAAGGGAAUCUUCCACCAGCUGAGGUAGAUAAAGCAAUGAGCUCAGAAGAAGAAGAAGAAGAAGAAGAAGAAGAAGAAGAAUCAGUUGUUGAAACCAGAGCUCUGAAGCGUCAAACAAAACCAAGCAAAGCUACACCAAAACGCAAAAGCACCAGAAGAAGAAAGCAAGGUGAUGCACAAGAAGAAGACAACAACAACAGGGAAGAACAACUAGCAGUGACAACGAGAAGACUGAGGAGUGGCAGGAUAUCUGCUUCUGACACACAAAAAGGCAAAUCCAGAAGAAGCUGCAAACAAAUCCAGGAAGGAGGGCAAAAUGUAGAAGAGAAAACUCAAAGUGUCAACAAAACAAGGGUAGAAGAAGAUGAGGCUGUAGAACCAGCUAUAGAAAAGACAGAUAAAGAGAUGGAGGACAAAGAUGAGAUAGUAGAAAAGUUUGAGGAGGAAGCUGCCACUGAAAGAGUGGAAGACUUAGAACCAGAAAUAGAUAUGGAGGAUGGGAAAGCAGUAGCAAUGAAAGCACAAGAUGGAGUGGAAGAGCAAUUAGAAAGUAUAUUCAAAACAUUUGCUGAAAAGGAGGUGGAGGCUUCAGGUGAAGAAUGUGAUGAAAGGAAACCAGCCAUGGGGCAUGAGGAAAUGGAGCUACUGCCAGAUGCUGUCACCAGAUCUCUGAGAAGUGGUCAAAAGAUGUCCAAAGCUUCACCAAAAAACAAGUCCAGACAAAGCAAAAAACAACAAGAUGAAAUGAAGGAGGGGGGGGCAUCUGCAGAAAAGAGCACUGAUGGAAAUGGACCUCCAGCAGAAACAAGAAUUUUGAGAGGGGGAAGGAAGUCUGUUUGCGGAAUACACGAACAACUCAAGAAAGAGGAAGACGGAUUGAAGGAAUCAGGUGAGGAAGCAGGGGUAGUGGAAGAAGAAGAGGCAAGGCUGGGAUCACUCAAAGAGCCACCAACAGAAGCGGAUGAGGGGAAGGUCCCAGAGGAGGAUAAAACAGAGAUGGAGAAUGAAGAAUUUGUUCCUGUAGAAGUGAGAAAAGUAGUGUCAGAAAAGGGAACGAUGGAAAUUACUGAAGAUGAAGAGAACACAGCUGGAGACGCAGCUGAUGCAGAUGAGUUAGUACAAGGAGAGACUGACACACCAUUACCCGAACUAGCUACGGAGUCCACUGUACUUUCACCUAGUAAAGAAGAGGCAACGCAUUCAGCAGAGGAUCAACAGAGUGAAGAAAUGGCACCCAAGCUUUCUGAUCUCCAAAGACUGACUGUGGUUUUAGUGGAUGUGCAAAAAAAACAUCAUGACAUUAAGGAAGUAACAGCAGCUGCCAGGCUGGGGGGUUCUGUACAAAAGACUGCCACUAACGCAGAAGAGGAGCAGAAAGAAGAAAGAGCGGCAGAGGAGAAAGUUACUGGGUUCCCUUUGGGAACAGAAAAAAAUGAGCUGGAGAAGGUGAUAGUGGAAGAGGACGAAUUUCAGGAUGAUGUGGAAGCAGUCACAACAAAAGAUACAGGGGAGGGGAUAGCUGAGGAGACAGCUAAAGAAGAGGAGGCUAAAAGUAUUAAUGAUGAGCAGGAGCCUAUAAUCACCGAAACUAGAACAUGUAGAAGUAAAAAGCAAGCAGUCAAAGCCACACCAAGUACCAAAUUAGCAAGAAGCGGACAGAAAAAAGGUGAACUAGCAAAGGAGGCUUCAACAAUUCAGAAAGUUCAAACAGUUCAAAUAAGGGUUCUGAGGAGGGGAAGGAUGUUUAGGCCUGUCACACAAAAAUGUGCAACAAAAAGAACCCACAAGCAGCUCCAGGAAAGAGAGGAAGUAGUAGAGGGAGGAGAGAAAUCUACAGCAGUUGAGGAGAGAGUGGAAGAAGAGAAACAACAGCAGGUGAUUGAUCAGGAGAAGAAAGAGAAACUUAAAGAAAGAGAUGUAACUGAACAAGUAGAACAUAUAGAAGCAGAAAUGGGCAUGGACAAAGAGAAUACUUUGGCAGAGGAAGCUGUCAUACAACAAGAGGAGGAACAAGUCAACAGCACUGAGACAGCUGGAAAUAAGGAAACAGGGGCUUCAGCUGGACAGCAUGCUGAUGAGGGAAAGGCCCCUGAUGUUGCAGAGGAAGCAGUCCCAACACAAGAUACAGUAGAGGGGGAACAGUUGACCUCUGCAUUGAAGGAAGUGGAAAGUGCAGCUGGAGUAAGUACACAAGAGACAGUGUUGACAGCAAAGGAUGACAAGGCAAACAAUGUGUCUGAGAAGGAGGAAGCAACAGUUACUGAAAGAGUUCUGAGAAGUGGUGAAAAGACAGUGAGAGACACAAGACGCAAAACCACAAAAAGACGAAAAGAUGAGCAAGAAGAGACAGCUGUUGAGAAAAGCACAGAAGAGGAUGAGCUGGCAGUAGAAACAAGAAUUUUGAGGAAGGGAAGGAGGUCUGCUGCUGCCACAGCUAGACUUAAAUCCAAAAGAGCCUGCACACAGUGUCAGACAGAGGAAGAAGGAGAAGAAGAAACUCCUCCUGCUGAAGAGACUGGAGGAGAGGAAGGAGAGACACGACAGGGAUUGCCUGAGGACAAAGGGGAGGAGGUAGAGGAAGAGGAAAGGGGUGUGGAAAUGGAGAAAGACAAAGAUGUGGAAGAUGAAGAAGUUGAGAGUGCAGCUGGGGAAGAAUUUGCCAUAGGAGAUGCAGCGCAGAUGAAAGAUGCCUCAACAGAGGAAGUAGCAGUGCUUGAAGAGGAGGAUAAAAGUGAUAAAGAUGUUGAUGACAUGAAUACUCACACAGUCCAGAUUUCAUCAGCUGAGGAAGAGGAAACCACAGUCAUAGAAAAAGUUACUGAUGCUACUGAAGUGGGAUCUGAGACUGCCCUUACUGAAGAAGAAGAAAUAGUAGGCGAUGCAUCUGAGGUGCCAGAAGAAGAGGCCCCAGCCACAACAACAAGAGCUCCUAGGAGCAAAAUAAAAACUUCACCUGUCACACCAUCACGAAGAUCCAAAAGACAGAAAGACCAAGGAGUAGUGGAGACUCAGCAGCAGGAAGAAGAAGACCCUGAAGAAGAACAAGAUUAUGAGGUAACUAAUGAUUCACCUUCAAGAUCUGUACAAAAAAGGCCAAGAGUGGACUCCAGUGAAAAAGGGGAGGCAGAUGAGCAAAGUGAGACUGAGGCAGCCACUGAGAAGGAGGAAUCAGAUGAUGACAAAGACAACAAGAAAGCUAAAUCUUCUGCAGAUGAACCAAAAGAGAAGCUAGACAAUUUGUAUACAGAUAGAGAGGUAGAGACAGCAGGUAUAAGUCAAAAGGAUGAGGACAAUGAGCAGGAAAUGUCAGAGGAAGAGGUGGAGCCUAUAAUGAUUGGAAAGAGAGUUUUAAGAGGGAGGACAGUUGCUGCAGUAAUAAUCACACCUCAGCCAAAAUCCAGAAGGCGCAGUGCUAAAGCUCAAACAGCAGAGGAGUCUUUGUCUGAUGAAGAAAAGAACAUGCAGUUAGCUCAGACGGAAGAAAAUACAGAGCUAGAAGUUGAGAUGGAAAAGGUAGAUGCUGUGGUACAGGAAUCAGUCACAGAGCAAGAGACAGUGGAAGAGGAACAGUCUGCUGCAUCAGAGACAUGUGCAGAGGGACAGGACUUGGUUUCUGUUGGGGAAAGGGCUGAAGAGACACCUAAUACAGACAAGGAAAUGGUUACUGAUAAGGCAGAAGCACUACCUGUUGAAACAGUAGUUCGUAGAAGUGGUGAAAAGACAGUGAGAACCACAAGAAGCAAAACCGCAAAAAGACAAGAUGAUGAGCAAGAAGAGUCAGCUGUUGAGAAAAGCACAGAAGGGCUGGCAGUAGAAACAAGAAUUUUGAGGAAGGGAAGGAGGUCUGCUGCUUCCACAGCUAGACCAAAAUCCAAAAGAGCCUGCACACAGUGUCAGACAGAGGAAGAAGGAGAAGAAGAAACCCCUCCUGCUGAAGAGACUGGAGGAGAGGAAGGAGAGACACGACAGGGAUCGUCUGAGGAGAAAGGGGAGGAGGUAGAGGAAGAGGAAAGGGGUGUGGAAAUGGAGAAAGACAAAGAUGUGGAAGAUGAAGUUGAGAGGGCGUUCGGGGGAGAAUCGGCUGUCGGAGAUGCAAAACAGAUGAAAGAUGCAUCAGCAGAGGAAGCAGCAGCGCUUGAAGAGGAGGACAACAGUGUGAAAGCUGUUGAUGACAUCAGUACUCACACAGUCCAGAUUUCACCAGGUGAGGUAGGAGAGACUAACUCAGCUGAGGAAGAGGAAACCACAGUCCUAGAAAAACCCACUGCUGCUACUGAAGUGGGAUCUGACACUGCCAUUACUGAAGAAGAGGAAUUAGUAGGCGAUGCAUCUGUGGUGCCAGAAGAAGAGGCCCCAGCCAUAACAACAAGAGUUCUUAGGAGCAAAAUAAAAACUUCACUUGCCACACCACCACGAUCCAAAAGACAGAAAGACCAAGAAGUAGUGGAGACUCAGCAGCAGGAAGAAGAAAACUUUGAAGAAGAACAAGACGAUGAGGUAACUAAUGAUUCACCUCCAAGAUCUGUACAAAAAAGGCCAAGAGUGGACUCCAGUGAAAAAGGGGAGGUGGAUGAGCAACGUGAGACUGAGGCAACCACUGACAAGGAGGAAUCAGAUGACGACAAAGACAACAAGAAAGUUAAAUCUUCUGCAGAUGAACCAAAAGAGAAGCUAGACAACUUAGAUAGACAUAGAGAGGUAGAGACAAUAGGUAUAAGUCAAAAGGAUGAGGACAAUGAGCAGAAUAUGUCAAAGGAAGAAGUAGAGCCUAUAGUGAUUGGAAAGAGAGUUUUAAGAGGGAGGUCACUGCCUUCAGUAACAGUCACACCCCAGCCAAAAUCCAGAAGGCGCAGUGCCAAAGUUCAAAAAGCAGAGGAGUCUUUGUCUGAUGAAGAAAAGACCACUCAGUUAGCUCAGGCAGAAGAAAAUACACAGCCAGAAGUUGAGAUGGAAAAGCUAGAAGCUGUGGCACAGGAAUCGGUCACAGAGCAAGAGACAGUGAAAGAGGAACAGUCUGCUGUAUCAGAGACAUGUGCAGAGGGACAGGAAUUGGUUUCUGUUGGGGAAAGGGCUGAAGAGACACCUAAUGCAGACAAGGGAAUGGUUACUGAUGAGGAAGAAGCACCAACUGUUGUAACAGGAGUUCUGAGAAGUGGUGAAAAGACAGUGAGAAUCACAAGAAGCAAAACCAGAAAAGGACAAGAUGAUGAGCAAGAAGAGACAGCUGUUGAGAAAAGCACAGAAGAAGUUGAGCUGGCAGUAGAAACAAGAAUUUUGAGGAAGGGAGGGAGGUCUGCUGCUGCCACAGCUAGACCAAAAUCCAAAAGAGCCCACACACAGUGUCAGACAGAGGAAGAAGGAGAAGAAGAAACUCCUCUUGCUGGAGAGACUGGAGGAGAGGAAGAAGAGACACGACAGGGAUUGCCUGAGGAGAAAGGGGAGGAGGUAGAGGAAGAGGAAAAGAGUGUGGAAAUGGAGAAAGACAAAGACGAGGAAGAUGAAGUUGAGAGUGCAGCUGGGGAAGAAUUUGCCAUAGGAGAUGCAGAACAGAUGAAAGAUGCGUCAACAGAGGAAGCAGCAGUGCUUGAAGAGGAGGACAAAAGUGAUAAAGAUGUUGAUGACAUCAGUGCUCACACAGUCCAGAUUUCAUCAGCUGAGGUAGAAGAGACUAACUCAUCUGAGGAAGAGGAAACCACAGUCAUAGAAAAAAUUACUGAUGCUACUGAAGUGGGAUCUGACACUGCCCUUACUGAAGAAGAGGAAUUAGUAGGCAAUGCAUCUGUGGUGCCAGAAGAGGCUCCAGCCAUAACAACAAGAGGUCUGAGGAGCAAAAUAAAAACUUCACCUGCCACAUCAUCACGAAGAUCCAAAAGACAGAAAGACCAAGAAGUGGAGACUCAGCAGCAGGAAGAAGACCCCGAAGAAGAGCAAGAUCAUGAGGUAACUAAUGAUUCACCUUCAAGAUCCGUACGAAAAAGGCCAAGAGUGGACUCCAGUGAAAAAGGGGAGGCAGAUGAGCAACGUGAGACUGAGGCAGCCACUGAGGAGGAAUCAGAUGACAACAAAGACAACAAGAAAGCUAAAUUUUAUGCAGAUGAACCGAAAGAGAAGCUCGACAACUUAGAUAGAGAUAGAGAGGUAGAGACAGCAGGUAUAAGUCAAAAGGAUGUAGACAAUGAGCAGAAUAUGUCAAAGGAAGAAUUAGAGCCUAUAGUGAUUGGAAAGAGAGUUUUAAGAGGGAGGUCAGUUUCUUCAGUAAUAGUCACACCCCAGCCAAAAUCCAGAAGGUGCAGUGCUAAAGUUCAAACAGCAGAGGAGUCUUUGUCUGAUGAAGAAGAGAAUGCUCAAUUUGCUCAGAAGAGAAAAAGCACUGAGGUAACAGCAACUCGCAAAUCUAAGCGUCUCAGCAGAGAUUAGGAUGUUCUCAAUGCUAUGAUUGACUCACAUAAAAUGUAUGUAGUUGUGUUCAUACCUGAUGUUUUACUGCAAGCUUUUGUAUUGUGCAGGCUCACAGUGUAGACAUACAAACUUUUGUACAUUUUUCAUCUUGAUUUAAAGGUAGACUAUCACUUUUGCAAUGUUACCUCCAUUAGUAUGUGUUUCAUGCUAGAUAUGCUCUUAAGUUUUGGUCUGUCCAGUAGGUUAUGAUGGGUAACAUUGGCUAGUGGUAGAUGCAACUGUGUAACUGGUAUUACUGAGUCAGGUCAUUGACUUAAUGACUCUUUUCUACUUUAGCUACUGUUGCACUAAGCUGUAGCAUUUACCCUUAUCCCAUAAAUGGUGACAGACCUUUCCAGGGGUACCCCACCUCGAUCAGUGCAAGCUGCAAUAGGCUCCUGUGCCCCAUGGCCCUGCAAAGGGUAAAUGGCUAGAAAUGACAAAUAGCAAUAUCUUUUUACUGUUAGGGCUUGUGACCACAUUGGCUGCUGUGCAUAAGUCACAUAUUCUUGCUUUAAAUACACUGUCUACGAUCUAAAAAUAUAGGAACAAAAGAUGAACUUCAGGCACUCAUGCAUUGAGCAGGAACUGAUGCUUUUGAAUUAAGUUAAAAAAAAAAGUAUCGAGAAAACACACUACUAUUUCAUUCUUUAAAGUGCAAUCUCAAAAUAUAGUUUUAAACUUCCCCCUUUACACCCGGGGACACUGUGGGUCACAUUUUUUUUCACCAGUAUGUCUCAUUUAUCUACAAACAAAAAACGAUGCCACCACGAUCACUCGAAAGACUCAAGACAAACAAAUUCUACACAAUGUGGCUUUAAAAGACCUCUGAUUCUCUGCACACUUGUCACAGGUGUGACAUACUUACUUAUCUAUACUCAGUGAUUUGAAUUUUUGUCAAGUGUUUUUGCCUUUUCCCAGUUUGUAUGUGAACAUCAAGUAUAUUUUGUGGUAAAACACCAAGUUUGAUCAAAGAGAUAACAAAAUCUAAUGGGACCACAUUGGAUUUCUUUUGACUGUUCCUUAAAAAGCCAUAAUUUGGAUUUCAACUGAGGAUUCUCACAUAUGGGAAUUACUAUUUUUAUAUUGUAAAUAUUUUUUUAUAUUUCAUCGAAAAUGUGAAUAUCUAGUUUGCAUUUUGUAAUGCAACAGAUCUCUCAACUGCAGGUCUUUGUAUGAUCUUAAUUAGCAAUAUGCAACAAGGUCCAAUUAGAAUUACAAAGAAUUUAUGAAAUGCUUAUUCCAAGGAACAAGUCAGUUUGUAAAGGCUGCAUUUUUUUUUAAAUUAUUUGUGUACUUUGAUAUAAAAAUUAUUACCAAAACAUACUCUUUCUUUGCAACUAUCAACAGAACUCAGGUCUUAAUGUUAGCAUGUUCUCUUUUUAUAUACAUUUAACAUGUAGAGAUUUUAACAUGCAGCUCGAUCUAAUAUGUAAUCACCUCGUGUUACACCUUUGACUAACUGUGAACUUGAGCUUCAUACCCUGUAGAAAGGCCAUCAUGGAGUCAAUGUCCUCAGUCAUGUUUAUGUUGUUUUCACUAAUGUGGUAUCAUUUAGUCAACAUUAUACAUUGUCUCAUCAGUGGUAGUUUGAGUGUUGAUUUUGUUAGUUGUAUCAUUUGGAAGCUAACAUUUAUUUAGCAGUGUGAUGUAAAACUUUGAUGUGUCACACUUGUAUUUGUGCUAAAUAGCAGAUGCCAAUUAAGGUCAUGAACUCAUUUUUAGCUGCAAAAUUAUUUUUCCAUGAACUGAAAUGGUGGCAAAUAAAGUUUUUAAAGGUCAUAUUCCAAGUGUUGUUUUAUUGAUUAACUUGACAUAACAUUGAGUUUCACUUAAUUUUAGUGUUCAAUCCAUGACACACAUCACUUACUAAAUAUUAUUAAUUUGCCAUUUUCAUCAAUGUGAAUGCUGAAUGUUCGUCAGAUCUUUAUUUUUUAUUAUUAGGGUCUGGGCAGUUAAGCUGCCAGGACACUAUUGUAAUCCUAGGUAUUAUUUUUCUUCUUUCUUCUUUCUUCUUCCAAGGAAAUCAUACUUCCCAUGGGUGAAAACUCACCAAACUUUGCACAAAGGUCCAGUCUCAUGCCAGAUAUCCUCAGCUGUAAACUCAAGCCAAUAGUCCUGAUGGUGGCGCUACAGCAAGCGUCUAAAGUUCAAAACUUUGAAAAUUCAUAACAAAUCAACCAUACGUGCUACAACUUCACAACUUUCAUCAAACUGUAGCCCCAAUACUGAAGAAACUUUUGUACAUUUAUACAACCUAUUAAAAAUUAUGAAGUUCAUCACUGUUUUUUUUUCUUCAAAAACUGUAAAACUUCUUAAACCUAUCUCCUCCCACAAUUUGUGCUCAGUUGACACCAAACUUCCUACAGAGCAUCUUCAGACUGUCCUACAAAAACUAAGUUUCUCAGAUUUUUGAUUUAUCAAAAAUUGACCCUACAGUGCAUCACAAUGUUUGACUGUAAACGGUACUGUAAACAUAUACAUGCAAAUUCUUGCUAAAUAAAUCUUCAAUGUUCAUGAAAAAAAAUGACAAAAUUCUAGAGUCAUGGUAGAUGAUGUUUGGCAAAUUUCAGAAUUUUGUCUCAAAAACUGAAUUUUUGACAGCAUUUUGAAUUUUGCACUAAUGUGAACAAUUGGAGUCAAUGUAAAAAUGGCAAUUUUAAACAUCAGUUUUUCACUUAUGGAGCAAAUCAUUCAUUGUUACAAACAAAUUACCAACAUCUCCAUGCUGUCUAAAUGCAAUAUGUGUAUUUUCAGAUUUUUGUCUUAAUAACUGAAUUUUUUACAGUGGUUUCAAAUCUGCCUUUCCAUGGACGGAUGGCUGCUUUCCUACACAACAGUGAAUGGCUUAGUCAAUUUGUGAAGCCACUGUUGAGUUGCUAUUUGCCAAUUAUCUCAGAGCGGUAGAUGACCGUCUUAGGUUCCAGAGGUUGUGGGUUCGAGCCUCAACUGGUGCAGAAUUCGCAUUGUAAUGCAAUCAUCUUCUUGUGCUCCAGCUUAUUGCUUAAAAUUGCCUGAGCGUGACUGAUCACUGUGUAGCAUCUUCAAGUCCUUUUUCUGCUAGAAAAUCUGCCUUCUCAUGCUUGAAAAUAAACCAAACUUUGCACAAAGAUCCAGU